AUGGCGCCACCAAAACCAUCAGCUAAAGGAGCCAAGAAGGCAGCUAAAACCCAAAAACCAAAGGGGGAACGUAAAAGACACGCCAAGAGAAAGGAAUCGUAUUCGGUAUACAUUUAUCGAGUCUUGAAACAAGUGAGUUUUCCAGAAAUUGUGUUGAUUCUAUUCAUACAGAAGAGUUUUAGGUCCACCCGGAUACUGGAGUUUCAUCCAAAGCCAUGUCAAUCAUGAACUCUUUUGUUAAUGAUGUUUUCGAGAGAAUCGCUGCCGAAGCUUCGAAAUUGGCCCAUUACAACAAGCGAUCAACAAUUUCAUCACGCGAAAUUCAAACUGCUGUCAGAUUGAUUUUGCCAGGAGAAUUGGCCAAGCAUGCAGUUUCUGAAGGUACCAAAGCUGUCACAAAAUACACAUCAUCCAAAUAA